AUGGAACCACCCACCGAUCCCCUUUGGCCUCACGCCCGGACAGACGGCCCACGGGAAGAUCAACUCCUCAACGGGGACCUAGAUAUUCAGAUGCCUCGCGGAACGAAACGGAGGCGAUGCAAGUCUGUUCGGGUGGGAGUCCGGACCAAGUGCAGGCUGCAUAUGGGCCCGGGAAGGGGGUGGGAGGAGGAUGUCGUAUUCGAGCGGAAGGUCGAGAUGAUGGGUGGCAAUGCGGAAGGGAUUGUACUGGACGAAGGGAUGCAACGCUUCGAGUUUACCCUCAUCCUUCCGUCUACCUUAGCCCCCCACGAUUGGCAUCCCAACGGCUCGGUUGUGCAAGAGCUCUUUGCAGAGAUAGAGGGCCAACUCACCGCCAGGACCACUUCCAGCUUCAACCUCUUCGGCCGCAAGAAGCGGGAUCAGUCUCGUCCAAGCUCCAGAACACCGUCCCGCUCACCCUCACCCACCUCUGCCCAUCACAGCCCUCGAUCCAUGUCGCCCAUACUUGCCGCCGCCGACUCACUGUCUAUCACGCGACAGGAGGUCGGUCUGCCUGCUGUACCGAGUUAUGACCAAUCUCAGGCAGAUCCGCUUGGCCGCGGAGCAACCCUCCAGGAGGACGACUGGAUUGUGGGCACCGUGGUGACUUCGAGGAGUGUACAGGUGACGCAUAACCCCAAUCCUGCUGGGAGAUAUAGCGACCUCGAUCAGAGCCAGAACGGGUUCGCAGAGGGACUGGGUGUCUGGGAUCUGAAGAUAAUGACGGACGUGUUCUCCAUCGGUGGUCCUCUCCACGCUCGUCUUACUCUGCCUUCGCCCAGUCCUGGUCUUACGGUAUGGUUCUGGCGCCUGCGACUGAAGCAGACACACACCCUCAGUUCACCUCGAGACGAUUCAGCCGAAAAGAAGUCUGUCACGCAAAUCACAAACUUUGAUAUGGCGGAGUAUGGCACACUACCGCCUCGGGGGAUCAAACAUCCAGAUGCCACUCAUCUAGCACUUUGGAGAGGGCAGGACGCUGGAGGAAGCUCGGAAGGCGAGUUUAGAUCGGAGGGGAAUGCGUUCAUGCCCAAACAUCACAGAGCGAGGCCGACGACCUUGCCGGGAGUCAUCACGCCCGUUGAAGUAUCCCAUGCAUUCCUGUGUGAGGUGUACUUCUCUGUUUGGGGCGAGGACGAUAGGGGAGUCGCCAUGUCUGAUCCUGGACCUGGCGGUCUGCGGUACUUGCAGAUAACCAAGCCCGUCAUCGUUCCCUCCUGCUCCCUCGUCCCUGCUCGGCUAGAUGUGCCAAACUGUCCGUGA